AGAUCCCACCCGACAGGAUAUUGUUGGGUUCGCCCGAAUCAGAAAUCAUAAUCCGGACCCGACGAAAAUGCAAAGUCGCGGACGGUGAUAGAUGGCGUCCGCGGCUCCCGUGGCGGUGGCGGCGCCUCAGCCUCCUCCGCCCGCUUCUUUCCUGGUUCGGCCGGAAGCUGCUCGCCACCGUCUCUACGAUUUCGCUAAGACUGCCCUCAUCAAGAUUUUUGCGUUCCCCUAUGCCACCGUUUGCGAACUGUACUGCAGUGGAGCACCGGAUACUGACAAGUGGGACGACGCCCAAAUCGGUCACUACAUUGGAAUUGAUUCAUCGUGCUCUGGGAUCACCAGACCCCACGAGUUGUCGGAGAGUCAGCGGAAGCCUUACACUGCCGAGUUUUGCGAGCUGGAUCCUUACGUGGAAAAUUUGGAAUCUCAUUUGCAUGACAAAGGUAUUCCAGCUGAUAUUGUGUGUUGUUUCCAGAACUUACAGUCAUGCUUUGAGAGCGAGGAGAAAGCUGCCAGUCUUUUAAAAAAUGUAUCAUCAUUGCUUAAGCCAGGGGGGUAUUUUUUUGGUAUAACUCCUGAUUCAUCUACCAUCUGGACAAAGUAUCAGAAGAAUGUUGAAGCUUCGCACAAUAAAGGAAUUGGUAUGAAGGCCAACAGUGUCCCGAGUUGCAUCCGCUCAGAGAACUACAUUAUUACAUUUGAAGUAGAGGAAGAGAAGUUCCCUUUCUUUGGGAAAAAGUAUCAGAUCAAAUUUGCUAAUGAAAUUACUUCAGAAACUCAUUGUUUAGUACACUUUGCAAGCCUAAUUAGGUUGGCCAGAGAUGCAGGUUUAGACUAUGUGGAGAUACAGAACUUGGCUGAGUUCUAUGAUGAUAACAGAUCUCAAUUUGUUAGUAUGCUCUUCAGCUACGGUGGGAAUUUCAUGGAUCCCCGAGGGAGGCUUCUUCCUCGAACAUUCGAUUUGCUAGGUUUGUACUCCACAUUUGUAUUCCAGAAGCCUGAUCCAGAUGCCGCCCCACCCAUUAUGACCCCCUUGUUUUACGAAGGGAUGUACUCUCACGAAGAACAGCACGAAUGGCCAGUGAGCAACUGGAGGCCGCAGCCUGCCGUAGAUGAAGAUAGAAAUGGGCAGACCGACACAAACAUUGGCGCAGGCAGUGUUCUUGGGGACAAUGACAAAGGCAUCUUAGGCCCUGGUCCGGCCGAUCUUCGUUUUCCAGAUCCAUUAUAGGAAGCUUCACUUCAGCUGGUGUAUGAAUACUUGCCGGUUCAGCCACUGCAUCUAAAAUGAAUGCGGCCUUCAACAUCUCUAACAUUAUUCAAAAAAAUUGUGAUAGAAGAUGUAAUGUGAGCAAGAUGCAGCAUCAUGUUUAUGUUCAAGAGACGUUGGUGAUGCUCGUCGUGGUUGUGAGCACAUUAUCGCUCCAUAAUGGUAUUGUGUGACCCAUGUGGACUCAAGGGAUCACCUGAGUGGCUAAGUUAACUGCUACUAGGGCGGGUCCCGCCCAAGUACAUUAGAAAACAAAGGAUGCCAUCGUGAUGAAAAUAUGAUACCAACUACGGUCAAUGCAGCUUAAGGAUGAAUUCAUGUGAGGAUUAGAACAGAGUAACGUGUGUUUAUUUUUUUUCUUGUGCUUCUAGCACGUGCGGUAUAAUCCUACCUUGUAUUAUUGUGCAAAGUUUUUUAAAAAUAUUAAAUGGUGUUCGUUA